AUGCCCAGACAACGCAAAGCACCAGCCAAGCGGCAAAAGCGAAAGGCUCCAUCCGACACUGAAUCUGAGGUAUCUAUUUCCUCGAUGGAGUCGAAGUCGGAGACCCCAGUAGACACGUCCGAUGAUGGAGAGGAACAACCUGAAUUGCCCGGGCCACAUAAGGCAGGGGCACAGGUUCUGAACCCAUUGCCGUCGCUGGGAUUCGGCCCUUUCCCAAACGUGUUCUCGAAGAAGUCUGACUUGAGCAACCCUGUGGAUCUGUCGUCGCUUUCCAAGCCAGUUCCCUCCCCGAUGCCUCCGCUUCCCGAAGGACCCAAGCGCCAGCCGGUCAAACGGAGAAAGACUAAGAAGACCGAGGUCGCAGACACAAAGGCGCUUCUCACGGAUCCCACUGUGAGCAAAGAGAUCAAGCUUGAAGAGCUAGAUCUCAAUGUGUCGUAUGUGGACGCUUAUAAGUCCGUGGCACCAGCAAGGCCCCCGAGACAGCAAAGAUGGCGGCAUCGCGGGUCUCAGCCUCUGGUUGAUCCCAUGAAGUUCCCGGCUGGCUGGAAUUCCAACGAGCCCGAUCUUGAUCCUGAUGAUUUCGAAGCUCAGAUCGCUAGGUGCGAUGAGAGAAUCAAGGACAACAUCGUCCCUCAUUUCUUUGAGGCAAGGAAGAGAGAGCAUCAGGAUGUUAAGGAAGCUAUUGAAACCUGGAUGAAGGGUGAGCCUAAAGGUCUCAGCAGAAAGACCUACGAGCGUCUCGAUACACUCAAGUUCAUUCAGACGGCCAUUUCGAAACCCGAAAAUGAUCCUUUAUCGGAGAAGAAAAAUGUGACAGCGAUUAUCAAUGCUUACCGAAAGGGCACACUGGAGUGGAUCUCUGGUCUUGUUACCUACUGGUCCGAUGGGAAACAGCUCUGUGAGCCACGACCAUUCGACUGGGACGAAUUUGAUGCUAUGAACAAGGCUUAUUCUGGCCACAAGGCAUUCUGGGUUGAAGGCUACAAAUUCCACGUGCGAUUCCCCGGUCACAGUUUCUACGCCGAGCUCGAAUUCCUCCAUGACACCGGGGCAAGUGACAUGGGCAUUUACCAGGAUGAUCUACCGGCUAUCAUGGGUCCCUCUUCCUCGCCAUACCUCAGAGUUGCAGGAUACACCAGAAUCGUGACUCCAGGCCAGGAACCAACGCCCAAUAACAGCACCGUCCUUCCAAUGGUCGCCAUCGAAGCCACCAUGGUAACCGAGCAUGAAGAUCCAACAAAGGAGCGCCUCCGAAUGACGUCCUGGACUCGAGCAUGGACAACUGUGAACGUUGGUCGCGCGAAUAAGGCGCUUGGUGCCCAUCGACUGGACGGUCCUUGGCUGCGUCAUCGGUUGUAUAUGGGAUCUGCGCCGGAUGGAUUUGACCAGGUGCAUGUUGCUACUUCCAAGAACGACCUCGACUUGAAGAAGGUUGAUCUGAAGAAGACGCCAGGAUUGGUGAAUGAUCCUCCGAGAAUUCCAGCUGUUCCAGGAGCCAAGAUGCCUGUGGCUGGGGCUCGUGAUCAAAUUCCAAUGCCGAACUUGGGUUCUAUCAGGCGGUUUGGGCGAGCUGUCUUCACCGAUCAGCGCUUUGAGGUGGAUUGA